AUGGCGCUGCCCCUGGGCAAGCUGGGCGAUCUGGUGCUGAAGACGCUCAGCAAGCCGCUCGCCAAGGCCAUCAAGCGCCGCGCCGCCAGCCACCCCAAGUUCCGCGCCUCCAUCGCCAACUGGGCGCAGGGCUAUCACCGGUUCACGGUGCGGCUACAACGGCGGCUGUAUGGGCAGGCCCCCGCGGGGCACAUCAAGCGGUUGAACGAGGAGAAGGCCGUCAACACGGCCAGCGAGGUGGUGGGGGAACUGAUCGUCUUCGCUGUGGCGGGGGGCGUGGUGUUCAUCGAGGCAGCUAGGAGCGCGCGGUCGAACGCGCGCAAGGAGGCCAAGCUGAAGCAGGAGCGCGAGGCGCUGCACGAGAGGGACAGGCAGCUGGAGGAGGAGGCGAGGCGGUUAAGGGAGCGCGUGGAGCAGCUAGAAGAAGCCCUGGCUGCUGACGUCAGUGGGAGGGACGACAGAAGGGGAAGCAGAGGGCAGGGAAGGGGGGAGCAGGGAAGGGGGCGAGAGAGAGGGGUAUGGGGUGGAGGAGGAGCAGGGAGAGGGAUUGGCGUCAGGAACCAGCAGCAGGGAGGGCAGUGA